GGGGCCAGGAAUCCUACAAAGCAGCCGAAGGAGUUUUUAUUUUUUUCUAAGCAGAGCGGAGCUUGUGGCUGGCUGUUUCAAUCGAAGGAAAGGGAGGCAGAGGGAAGGGAGGCUCUGCAGGGAGGGAUGUAAGAUGGCAGAGCUACAAAUGCUGUUAGAAGAAGAGAUUCCGGCUGGUAAAAGAGCGCUCGUAGAGAGUUACCAAAACCUGACUAGAGUAGCCGACUACUGCGAAAACAAUUAUGUCCAGGCCCAGGACAAGAGGAAAGCACUGGAGGAGACCAAAGCCUACACCACUCAGUCCCUGGCCAGCGUGGCCUACCAGAUCAAUGCCUUAGCCAACAAUGUGCUGCAGCUGCUUGACAUUCAAGCCUCGCAGCUGCGGCGCAUGGAGUCCUCCAUCAACCACAUCUCUCAGACGGUGGACAUCCAUAAAGAGAAGGUUGCCAGGCGGGAGAUUGGGAUCCUGACCACGAAUAAAAACACGUCAAGGACUCACAAGAUCAUAGCACCAGCCAACAUGGAGCGACCAGUCAGAUACAUCAGGAAGCCCAUUGACUACACUGUCCUGGACGAUGUCGGCCAUGGUGUUAAGUGGCUAAAAUCCAAGCAACAUGGAAACAACCAGGCAGUCCGAGCAGGAACACUAUCGAGGACCAAUCCGCCAACACAGAAGCCUCCCAGCCCGCCGAUGUCCGGGUGUGGCACGCUUGGGCGCAACACGCCCUACAAGACCCUGGAACCGGUGAAGCCCCCCACAGUGCCCAACGACUACAUGACCAGUCCCGCCCGACUGGGUGGCCAGCAUGGCCAGCAGAACAGCCCGGGACGUACGGCGUCGCUCAACCAGAGGCAACGCACACACAGUGGUAGCAGCGGGGGCAGCGGCAGCAGGGAGAACAGUGGCAGUGGAAUUGGCAUUCCCAUCGCUGUGCCUACACCCUCCAUCCCCAACUCUGGACCAGUCCCGCCCAUGUUCGCUCCUCCUCCCCCACCACCUCCUCCUCCAAUGCCUCCACCUGCUACUCCUAUGGCCGGGCCGCCGCCCCCAGCACCCCCACCUCCACCCAUAGUGGUGGCCGCUGGGCCUGGACUGGGCCCCGCUCCAGUGUCCCAGUUUGGGACCAUGUCGCGGCAGAUUUCACGACACAACCCCUCCAACUCCUCUGUCUCUAUGGUUUCGGCCACGGGCACCUACCGCCGGGCGCCAUCGGUCACUUCGCAGUUCUCCUUACAGCAACAACAGCAGCAGCAGCAGCAGCAGCCUCACAUUAACGGAGGCACUCCUGGUUAUGGCCAAAAUUCAAUGUCUGCCGCUCCUCCUCCUCCCCCCAUGCCCCAGCUGACUCCACAGAUACCUCUGACUGGCUUUGUGGCCAGGAUGCAGGAGAGCAUUGCAGACACUCCAACUCCACCUCCUCCUCCACCUCCAGACGACUUGCCCAUGUUUGACGAGUCUCCUCCACCGCCGCCUCCUCCCGUGGACUACGAAGAGGAGGACGCCGCAGUCGUGCAGUACAACGACCCUUACGCUGACGGGGACCCGCAGUGGGCCCCCAAGAUCUACACGGAGAAAGUGGUGGCCAUCUACGACUACACCAAGGACAAAGAAGACGAGCUGACGUUCAUGGAGGGCGCCAUCAUUUACGUCAUCAAGAAGAACGACGACGGCUGGUUCGAAGGCGUGUGCAACGGCGUCACAGGCCUGUUUCCUGGCAACUACGUGGAGAGCAUCAUGCACUACGCGGAGUGAAGCCACCUCACCGUGAAAGUACUAUUUAUUCAGUCUCAUCUGGUGAAAUACUGACGGCAGCAACGCAACUCCGGAGAUGCAUAGAUCCCUUUUUUUUUUAAAUACAGAAUGUUUUCCUCCUUACUGAUUGCAAAUAAAAUGACAAUGACA